AUGUUGCAAACAGCGAACUCGGAGGUCCCCAACGCUUCUCAAAUCACCAUUGAUGCGGCCAGUGGUUUACCAGCUGAUAAAGUUUUACCAAAUAUUACCAAUACCGAGAUAACAAUCUCUGAGUACAUUUUUUAUCGUAUUCUACAAUUAGGUGUUAGGUCUGUUUUUGGAGUUCCAGGCGAUUUCAAUUUAAGGUUUUUGGAACAUAUUUACGACGUACAUGGUUUAAAUUGGAUUGGCUGUUGUAACGAACUGAACGCAGCUUAUGCGGCAGAUGCUUACGCCAAGGCAUCUAAAAAAAUGGGUGUCCUCUUAACUACAUAUGGUGUUGGUGAGUUAUCUGCCUUAAAUGGUGUUGCUGGUGCCUAUACAGAAUUUGCGCCGGUGUUACACCUCGUUGGUACUAGUGCUCUCAAAUUCAAGAGGAACCCGAGAACGUUGAACUUACACCAUUUAGCAGGUGAUAAGAAAACUUUUAAGAAAAGUGACCAUUACAAAUACGAGAGAAUCGCUUCAGAAUUCUCUGUUGAUUCUGCAUCUAUAGAAGAUGAUCCAAUAGAAGGAUGUGAAAUGAUUGAUAGAGUCAUUUAUUCGACUUGGAGAGAAUCAAGGCCAGGGUACAUCUUUUUACCUUGUGAUUUGUCUGAAAUGAAGGUUGAUGCCCAAAGAUUGGCAAGCCCUAUUGAAUUGACUUACAGAUUCAACUCUCCUGUUUCUAGGGUUGAAGGGGUGGCAGAUCAGAUUCUUCAACUGAUAUAUCAAAACAAGAAUGUGUCUAUCAUUGUCGAUGGUUUUAUUCGGAAAUUUAGGAUGGAGAGUGAAUUUUACGACAUCAUGGAAAAGUUUGGUGAUAAAGUCAACAUUUUUUCAACAAUGUACGGUAAAGGACUGAUAGGGGAAGAGCAUCCUAGAUUUGUAGGAACUUAUUUUGGUAAAUAUGAGAAGGCGGUGGGUAAUUUACUAGAAGCUUCCGACUUGAUUAUACAUUUUGGUAAUUUUGAUCAUGAAUUAAAUAUGGGUGGAUUUACAUUUAACAUUCCGCAAGAAAAGUACAUUGACUUAUCCGCUCAAUACGUUGAUAUUACAGGAAACCUUGACGAGUCUAUCACAAUGAUGGAGGUACUGCCAGUUCUGGCGUCUAAGUUAGAUUCCUCACGGGUCAAUGUAGCAGACAAGUUUGAAAAGUUUGACAAGUACUAUGAAACUCCAGACUACCAAAGGGAAGCAUCGUUGCAAGAAACAGAUAUUAUGCAAUCCUUAAAUGAAAAUCUCACUGGUGAUGAUAUCCUCAUUGUUGAAACAUGCUCUUUCCUUUUUGCAGUGCCUGAUCUGAAGGUCAAACAGCAUACAAAUAUAAUUUUACAAGCAUAUUGGGCGUCUAUUGGUUAUGCAUUACCAGCGACUCUUGGUGCAUCUUUAGCCAUCCGGGAUUUCAAUCUAUCCGGAAAAGUAUAUACUAUCGAAGGUGAUGGUUCGGCACAAAUGAGUUUACAAGAAUUGUCAUCUAUGUUGAGGUACAACAUAGACGCCACAAUGAUCCUUUUAAACAAUUCGGGAUAUACCAUUGAGAGGGUCAUUGUUGGACCUCAUAGUAGUUACAAUGAUAUCAAUACCAACUGGCAGUGGACUGACUUGCUGCGAGCCUUUGGUGAUGUGGCUAAUGAGAAAUCUGUGUCAUAUACGAUUAAGGAACGUGAGCAAUUGCUAAAUAUCUUAAGUGAUCCGUCAUUUAAACACAACGGUAAGUUCAGGCUACUUGAAUGUGUUUUACCAAUGUUUGAUGUUCCAAAAAAACUUGGCCAGUUUACCGGUAAAAUUCCAGCAUAA